AUGGCUCUGGGAAGGAUUUGCUCAGAAGUAGGUAAACCUCUAUGUGCCGAUAAGCUUAUGAUGAUGCAAGAGAGAGUCUCCUUUGCAAGAGUGUUGAUGGAGGUUGAUGUUGCGAAGGAAAUCAAACACUCAAUUAAGGUCUUCCUACCGGAUGAUGAAGAAAUGGAGCAGGAGGUGGUGUAUGAAAACUUACCCAGAUUCUGUUCCCACUGCAAGUAUGUUGGGCACACCAGUAAUUACUGUGGGAUAAAGAAAAGGAAAGCAGAGGAUGGUAGACCUAAUGAAAAGCAAUGCAAUAAGCAUGUGGAGGAGUGGGGUGGAAGUGAAUCAUGGGAUCCUAAUGUGAAGGUUAUCUCGAAUUGUGUGGAUGAUAUUGGGUCAUGCUACGUGGGGAAUCUAGUGUGUGAUAUGUUCCCUGAGGUUGCAUAUGGUCAAAGCCAGGUUCCUAAACACAGGGAGGGUGGGAGUGGAACUAAAGAGGAUAUCCUAGUGGAGAAUCUAAAUGCAGGUGAAAAUGAUUUAAGGCAAGAGCAUGUGCAUGACCCCUGUCUAUUAGAGUCCCAGCAGGUGGUUUGUGCCUUAAAAGCUACUAGUGCUUCGAAAGUUAUUAAUGAGGGAGUUGGUACUGUCAAGCUUAAAAAAGCACAAGUUAACAAUUUCGAACUUCGUAAGGCUGGAAGAAUUCUUGUUAUAUGGAAUCCUCAGAAGGUGAAGGUGCAAAUAUGUCAUAAAAAUGAACAAGUCAUUCAUUGUUUAGUAAAGUGCCAGACUGGCAAUGGGUGUUCUGGACCAUGGAUGAUUCUAGGGGAUUUCAACUGUGUUCUGAGUAAUAAGGAGAAAAGGAAUGGUGUGCAUGUCUCAUCAUAUGAAAAAAAAGAUAUAAGUGAGUGUUUCAGUGUUGUAGGGCUCACAGUCCUAAAAUCCACUGGGUGCUUUCUCAUCUGGUCUAAUAGGAAGGUAUGGUGCAAACUGGAUAAAGUUAUGGUCAAACAAUGCUGGUUUAUGUCUGAUUGGAGUGCUCAGGUUCUGUACCAGUUCCUUGGGAGUGUGUUGAAUCAUUCUGUUUCCCUGAUUAUCUUGUUUACACAACAAAAUUUGGGUAGACCCCCCUUUAAGUUUUUCAACAUGUGGUCUGCACAUCCUGAAUUCCAUGAGAUUGUCAAAGAUGUUUGGCAUGGCAAUUUUGAUGGUACUCUACAAUAUUGCUUCACCAGGAAAUUACAAGCAUUAAAGAGGCCUUUAAGGAAAUUAAACUCUCUACAUUACUCUCACAUUUCAGUUCGAGCUGAAAGAGCUGAAGCUGAACUGGUGGCUAAGUGUAAAUUCCUUAGGCACUGUGACAGGAGUUCCUCAUUCUUCCAUGCUUUGUUGAGGAGAAACAAAAUCAGGAAUCAUAUUAAUGUUGUAAAGAAAUUGAAUGGUGAGCUGACAAAUUCUUAUGAUCAGGUGGCAGAAGAGUUUGUCUCUUACUAUACUCAGUUGCUUGGUGUGGAGGAUAGUUGUAUUAAAUUGAAUACCCAGGUGGUCAAAAGAGGGCCUAUGCUAAGUGAAGCUAGAAGGAAUGACAUGUUGCUACCCAUAUCAGAUGAGCAUAUCAGGCUGGCUUUGUUCAGUAUUGGUGAUGACAAGUCUCCUGGACCUGAUGGGUUUUCUGCAGUGAUUGCUAAAAUUAUUGCAAAGAGAAUUAAACCUUGCUUGGAAGAUUUGAUUAGUUAUGCUCAAGCAGCUUUUUUCCAAGGGAGAAAUAUGGUCAAAAGCAUCUAUCUAGUUCAGGAAUUGAUUAGAGGAUACAGCAAGAAGAGGAUGUCUCCAAGAUGCCUGUUGAAGAUUGAUCUAAAAAAGGCCUAUGACUCUGUCUCCUGGGCUUUCUUGGAGGACAUGUUGAAGAAUCUUAAUUUCCCAAAAAGAAUGAUUUCAUGGGUUAUGGAGUGUGUUUCUACUGCCUCUUACUUAGUUUCAGUAAAUGGAAGGUUGAAUGGCUUCUUCAAAGAAAGAAAGGGUCUGAGACAAGGGGACCCUUUAUCCCCUUUUCUAUUUGUAAUCUAUGUUGAAUACCUAUCAAGACUUCUAAAAUCUCUGGAGGGUAAAUUUAAAUUUCAUCCUAAAUGUGGAGAGUUGAAGAUUACUCACUUAGUAUUUUCCGAUGAUCUGAUGCUAUUCUCUAGAGGAGAUGUUGUGUCUGUAAAGUAUUUAAUGGACUUCCUGAAGGAGUUUGCUCAAUGUUCUGAUCUCUCUGCAAACUGCCUGAAGUCUAACUUAUUUUAG